AUGGGUCGCCGACCGGCUAGAUGUUACCGCUACAUUAAGAAUAAGCCGUAUCCAAAGUCGCGUUUCUGUCGUGGUGUGCCAGACCCUAAGAUCCGCAUUUUCGAUCUCGGCAAGAAGAAAGCCAACGUUGACGAGUUCCCAUGCUGUGUGCAUAUGAUGUCGAACGAGCGUGAACAUCUUUCCUCAGAAGCGUUGGAAGCAGCUCGCAUUUGUGCCAACAAGUACAUGGUGAAGAACUGUGGAAAGGACGGCUUUCACUUACGAGUUAGGAAACAUCCUUAUCACGUUACUCGAAUUAACAAAAUGUUAUCAUGUGCCGGUGCUGAUCGUUUGCAAACGGGCAUGCGCGGAGCGUAUGGGAAGCCACAAGGUCUCGUAGCUCGUGUUGAUAUCGGAGACAUUCUUUUCUCGAUGCGUGUAAAGGAGGCAAACGUAAACCACGCUGUUGAAGCUUUCCGUCGUGCCAAGUUCAAGUUUCCUGGUCGGCAAUUGAUUGUGGUUUCCCGUAAAUGGGGCUUUACUCGUUGGGACAAAGCCGAUUACGAACGUAUGCGCGCCGAAGGACGCCUACGAUCAGAUGGUGUCAAUGUACAGCUCGUUCGUGAACACGGUCCUCUUGAGAAGUGGAUAAAUAAUCCUAUCUGA